AUGGUCCACCAAUACUGGCUGUUAGCUCUCCCCCUCCUGGUGCUAGAUGCUGCACAAGGCGUAGUUGCAACUCAUGGAAAGCACGCGAGUAAAUCCAACCCAUCGCCUCCUGGACUGCAUGUUCUGCCCCUGAUUGCGGAUAACUCCGAUGACUAUAACUCAUGGAUUACUGAAGUCGCGGCUGGCACCCCCCCUCAGAAAAUGAGGCUGAAUCUAGACAUAGCAAAAUCGACAACAUGGUUCAUCUCUGACAAGACGUACGCGGAUUGCGAUGGCUGCACGAAUGGAUAUUAUCAGCUCAACAAGUCCAAGACCUCUUCCCCUGUUCUAGGUCACACGGCAAUCUCAUAUGGCGAUCCAACGACUUACCCGCCAAGCAACCUCACGUUUGAUCUGGAUUAUCAAAAGGACACGGUUCAAAUUGCUGGCGUUAGCAUUCCCAAACAAGUCUUUGGUCUUUUCAACCCCUACAAGGAUGAGUUCUCUGGAAUUGGUGCGCUUGCGCUUGGGCCCAAUGUCGAACAUGGUUAUGCACCGGGCAAGAUCUACAGCUCCUUCUUGGAUAACCUCGUUGCAAACAAAAAGAUUGCUAGCCGCACUUACAGUAUUGACCUGCACCAGCACGGCUCUAAGCCAGGCCUUAGCCAGACUGUCCCCAGUGGAAAGAACAAGUCAGGAAAAGUGACCAGCUACCCAGUCCACAAGAACGACUCAGUCUUCCUCCUCGACAGCUCCAACCAGUACCUCCGAUUCCGCCACUCAUUCGUCGAUCCUCUCUACAAGACCCUCGGCGCAGUCAACAACGGACAAGACGCAUACUUUGUUCCUUGCGAGAAGCGCAACAUGCCUGGUAGCUGGGACUUCCAAUUCGGCGACGUCACGAUCAAGAUCCCGUACAGCAAGAUUAUCACUGACCAGUCGGGUGAUAAGGGCAAGACUUGCUGGGUUGGUGUUUUGACUACCUGGAAGGGACAGCUAGUCCUUGGACAACCUUUCUUGGAAGCUGCCUAUCUCGCUUUCGAUCUCGACAAUAAGCAGGUUGCGCUGGCUCCACCAGCCAACUGUGGCGAAAAGCUAGUUGCAUUUGGUUCCGGUCCGAAUGCCAUUCCCAAUCUGAAGGGCUGCUAG